GUGUUCGCUGUCUUCAUUUUGCCCGUUAGGUGUUUACUUUAAAACUCUAAAUGGACUGGAGUUUUUAUUAAGUGAUCAAUUCUGAAAAAUGUUUUCAGUUUCUAAUAUAAAUUUCAUUUGAACUUCUAAUGUAUUUUAAAGCAUCAGUAAGCUGUGGCUUAAUUAUGCAGGUGUCAUGAAGAGUUGGGUUGUGACAGUAGUCCAAUGAGUGUAAUCACUCACUUCCUGGACCAUUAUUGUCCAGAUGUAGUGGUACUUUAAGCAAACAAAUCUGAAAAAGUAGAGCCCAGUGGAGAGCACUUAUGAUAGGUUGUUUCAAGAUCCAGCAAACCAGCUUAUGAUGCGGAUGCGAACUUUUUUGCACGAAGCAAUGUGAUUAAGCUAUGUUAAAUGGAAAUCUAUACAAAACCAGUGAAAUUGUUAAAAUAUUCAAAUAUGCCAUAUUGUAACAAGAAAACACUGCAAUGCACUGAAAUCAGCAGUGGAACAGCUGUGUUUUAAAGGACAGUACUUUGAAUGUCACUUGACAAUUUGCUUUCAAUUAGAAGUAAUUUACAGGAAGAUGCCCACAAGCUAAUCUUUACAGGAUAAUUAAGUUCCAUUUUCUUUACUUUUAAUUAAAAAGCAGAAAAGAUUUAGCUGAUCCAUAAAAAAUGUUCUGUUUAAACAUUCAUCAGACUUCACACUCUUUUUUUGUUAUUUGUUGUAGCAGAUGUUAUCAAAAGUGCAGUCUGCUCUGUUUUAAACCCUGAGUACUUGGGAAGUGAAACAUGAGUUGCAGUAAGCAUGUACUGGUGAGGUGUGAUCAUUUAACAUCUGUAUGUUCAAAGGGAAUAUAAGAGAUACUGCUGUUCCUUUGCUUAAUUGUGUUCCGUCUGAUGCAUUUAAUUGUACUGCAAAACCACAUAUAUCAAAAUGAGAACCAGUGCAACUUUUGAAUUCCAAACAUGGUACAUGGUAGCAUGAUACUUAUAAAAAAAAUGCUUCAAUGUCUUAAGAUGUCUAUUGAUUCAGACGUGACGUUAUUUUAUAAUCCUAAUAAUAUAAAAGUUGACACAGUAUUUUAACAUGAAAAGUUAUUCAUUGAAAAGGUGGGAGUUUUAAUGUGAUGUUCUAAAGUAAUUUAAAACUAUUCUCUGUAUUAGCACAGUUUAUUCAGCAUCAUUGUUGUUUUUAUUUGGCAAAAUAAAAUAUGUUGCCAAGGACAUUUGGAGUUUUUGGUUUUAUAAAUCAUUAUUGACCGGUGGUAUUUUGUUUUGUUUUGUUUUUUUUAGCUGAUGAGAGCUGAAGACAGAUUUAUCAUGCUUACUCUAGGUUAAAGAGUUUUGCACCAAAAAUUCUUCAGGCAACAACUCUAGUCCAGUAUUAUGGGCCACUAGAAGAUGCCAUGGAAGAGGAAGAAGAUGAGUGUCCAUCAGAGGAAACAGACAUCAUCUCAAAAGGGGACUUUCCACUGGAGGAAAGCUUUUCCACAGAAUUUGGGCCUGAAAAUCUGAGCUGUGAAGAAGUGGAAUACUUUUGUAGCAAAGGUGAUGAGGAAGGAGUCCAGGAGGCAGCAGAAUCAGAUGGGGACACACAGGCAGAGAAACCAGGCCCACCUGGAGUUGAGACAGGUGACUGGGAUGGACCAGGAGAGCUGGAGGUGUUUCAGAAAGAUGGGGAACGAAAAAUUCAGAGUCGGCAGCAACUUCCUGUAGGAACAACCUGGGGACCAUUCACCGGGAAGAUGGACCUGAAUAAUAAUUCGCUGAAGACAAAGGCUCAGGUCCCAAUGGUGCUGACUGCUGGUCCCAAGUGGCUGUUGGAUGUGACUUGGCAAGGAGUGGAAGACAAUAAAAACAACUGCAUUGUGUACAGCAAAGGGGGUCAGCUUUGGUGCACAACAACGAAGGCCAUCUCUGAAGGUGAAGAGCUAAUUGCCUUUGUGGUGGAUUUUGACUCAAGGCUACAAGCUGCCAGUCAGAUGACUCUUACAGAAGGGAUGUACCCUGCACGCCUGCUGGACUCAAUUCAGCUGCUUCCUCAGCAAGCUGCCAUGGCUUCUAUUUUGCCUACAGCUAUUGUCAAUAAGGAUAUAUUUCCUUGUAAGUCCUGUGGCAUCUGGUAUCGGAGUGAGCGGAAUCUGCAAGCCCAUUUAAUGUACUAUUGCAGUGGGAGGCAAAGAGAAGCUGCUCCAGUGUCAGAAGAAAAUGAAGACAGUUCUCCUCAGAUUUCUAGCCUGUGCCCCUUCCCACAAUGCACCAAGAGCUUUUCAAAUGCCCGAGCUCUAGAAAUGCACCUGAAUUCACACAGUGGAGUGAAAAUGGAAGAAUUCCUCCCCACUGGUGCUAGUCUAAAAUGCACCGUCUGUAGCUACACUGCUGAUUCUGUGAUCACCUUUCACCAGCACCUGUUCUCCCACCUCACACAAGCUGCCUUCCGAUGCAAUCACUGCCACUUCGGCUUCCAGACUCAGCGGGAAUUACUGCAGCACCAGGAGCUCCAUGUCCCCGGAGGCAAACUUCACAGAGAAGGUGAUGUGGAACACUCUCCAAGUGGCACCGAAGACAGCUUGCAGCCAGCCACUGACUUGUUGACCAGAAGCGAACUCCCCCGGAGCCAAAAGGCCAUGCAGACUAAAGAUGCAAGCUCUGACACGGAGCUGGACAAGUGUGAGAAAAAGACUCAGCUCUUUCUCACUAACCAGAGACCAGAGAUACAGCCUACAGCAAAUAAACAAAGCUUUUCUUACACAAAAAUAAAGUCUGAGCCCUCUAGCCCAAGACUUGCCUCAUCUCCAGUUCAGCCUAAUAUUGGGCCUUCUUUCCCUGUGGGCCCUUUCCUCUCUCAGUUUGCUUUUCCCCAAGAUAUCACAAUGGUCCCUCAAGCUUCAGAGAUCUUAGCCAAGAUGUCUGAACUGGUACAUAGGCGACUGAGGCACGGAAGUAGUAGCUACCCUCCCGUAAUUUACAGCCCCUUGAUGCCCAAGGGGGCUACUUGCUUUGAGUGUAACAUAACAUUCAAUAACUUGGAUAAUUAUCUAGUGCACAAAAAACAUUACUGCAGCAGCCGAUGGCAGCAGAUGGCCAAGUCCCCAGAGUUCCCUGGUGUUUCAGAAAAGAUGCCUGAGGCUGUGAGUCCUAAUGCUGGCCAAACCUCUAUAAACCUUCUCAACCCAGCUGCUCAUUCUGCUGAUCCUGAGAAUCCACUUCUUCCAACAUCCUCCUGCAUCAAUUCUUCCACUGUUUUAGAUUUAAUUGGGCCAAGUGGGAAGGGUCACGACAAGGACUUUUCAGCUCAAGCUAAGAAGCUCUCCACUUCCAAUAGCAACGAUGAUAAAAUUAAUGGAAAACCUGUUGAUGUGAAAAAUGCCAGUGUUCCCUUAGUGGAUGGGGAAAGUGACCCAAAUAAGACUACCUGUGAAGCUUGCAACAUUACCUUCAGCCGGCAUGAAACAUACAUGGUCCACAAACAGUAUUACUGUGCUACCCGCCACGACCCUCCGCUAAAGAGGUCUGCUUCCAACAAAGUGCCUGCCAUGCAAAGAACCAUGCGCACGCGCAAGCGAAGAAAGAUGUAUGAGAUGUGCCUACCUGAGCAGGAUCAAAGGCCUCCGCUGGUCCAACAGCGAUUCCUUGACGUAGCCAACCUCAGCAAUCCUUGCACCUCCACUCAAGAACCCACAGACGGGUUAGGAGAGUGCUACCACCCAAGAUGUGAUAUCUUUCCAGGCAUUGUCUCAAAGCACUUGGAAACUUCUCUGACGAUCAACAAAUGCGCUCCAGUUUCCAAAUGUGACACUACUCAUUCCAGUGUUUCCUGCCUAGAGAUGGACGUGCCCAUAGAUCUCAGCAAAAAGUGUUUAUCCCAGUCUGAGCGGACAACCACGUCUCCCAAAAGGCUGCUGGACUAUCACGAGUGCACUGUGUGCAAGAUCAGCUUCAAUAAGGUAGAAAACUACCUGGCCCACAAGCAGAAUUUCUGCCCAGUCACUGCACAUCAGCGUAAUGACCUGGGUCAGCUUGACAGCAAAGUGUUCCCGAAUCCAGAAAGUGAACGCAACAGCCCUGAUGUCAGCUAUGAAAGAAGCAUCAUAAAAUGUGAGAAAAAUGGGAGUCUGAAGCAGCCUUCCCCCAACGGAAACUUAUUUUCAUCUCACUUAGCAACCCUGCAAGGCCUGAAAGUCUUCAGUGAAGCCGCUCAGCUCAUUGCUACAAAAGAAAGCAAACACUUGUUUCUUCCGCAAUGCCUUUACCCUGGAGCAAUAAAGAAGGCCAAAGGAGCCGACCAGCUUUCUCCAUACUAUGGAAUAAAGCCAGGUGAUUAUGUUUCUGGUUCUCUUGUCAUCCACAAUAUGGACAUAGAGCAAAGCACAAAUGUGGAAAAUGAAUCUCCUGAUGGCCAGGCGCCCUCAAAUGGGUGUGCCGCACCCGCUAAAGAGUCCCUGCCCUUGUUGCCCAAAAACAGAGGCAUGGUGAUCGUGAAUGGUGGACUGAAACCAGACGAGAGACCCACCGCCACCCCACAGCAAGAAAACAUUUCCCAGAACCCUCAGCGUGAAGAUGGCCGCAAGUCUCCCUCUUGGAUCCCUGAGAACCCGUUAACCACAAAUGAGAACGUCUCGCCAGGAAUCGCCUCGGCGGAAGAACAGUUGUCUAGUAUAGCAAAAGGCGUGAAUGGCUCCACCCAGGCUCCAACCAGUGGGAAGUACUGCCGGCUGUGCGAUAUUCAAUUCAACAACCUCUCAAACUUUAUAACUCACAAGAAGUUUUAUUGCUCAUCACAUGCAGCAGAACACGUCAAAUGAAAUAACUAAAUAAAUAAACAUCAGUCGCCUUUGGUACCAGUGUUUAGUACGUUGUUUUACCCAGUCCAGAAUAACAGAACACAACAGAAAGAAAAGCUGUUUGAAUUACAACUGGGCAAUCAGGAGAUAAUUCAUUACGGCUGAGUUGAAGACUUAAGGUGUAAUUUCAUUACAGUCCAUUAGUAAAGUGUAUUAUUGGUGCCAUUUUCAAAAAAAAAAUUAAUUUAUUUUACCAGCAGUAUUCAUAGCUGUGGUUAUGUUAUUUUUUAUUUAAAAACUUUAUAUUAAAGUCAUUUGUAAUGUUAUUGUAUAGUUAUUGUGUAGCACAUAUGGUUUGCACUGUAUAGUAGCUUUUAAAGAAAAUAGUCACGAACAAUACAGAAAAACAUUUUAGAAAUAGCUUCAAAAGCACUUGUGUAUCUUGAUUUCUUCUUAUAUGCUGUUGCAGAUAUAUGUAUAUGCUAAAAUAUAAUUUGCAAAGAUGUUCUAAAUACACAUGCUGUAAAGUUCGCCUUAAGAUUUCAGUUAUUGGAUAAUCAGGCUCCUUUUGCACUUUAUAUUUUAGCAGAUACAGUUUCUUAGUCACUAGGCUUUGCAUUUGUAUGUAGCUGUAUGUUUCUGUCCAUUUUCUUAAUCUUAAACAUGUAUGUUAAAUGAAGAUGGCAAUUUUUUUCUUGUAUAGUACUUGUAUUUUCUUUUGCUGAUGCAGCUCUGUCUCAAUUUCUAAACCUUUGCUGUUAAAUGCAAUACUUUAUAAAGAAUGAACAAAAUUACUGGAAGCAGUAUUGUAAGUAAUGAAGUAGUAUUAAUCAGUUUUAUCUUUUGAAAGGCACAGUCUAAAUCGAAACCCUAAACUCAAUGCUGCAAGUAUGAAUUUAAUUCAUAUAUAAGAUCUAUUUAAAUAUAAGAGUAGCAAGCAAUACUGCACCUGGUGAUCACAAAGAUAAUGUUCUACUUCUGAUAGAAAUAAUUUCUCAACAAAUGUUGUUACUAUGCAUGUAUAUGGAUGGAAUAAAAUUCCAGAUUGUUGGAGAAGUUUGGCAUACUUUUU